AUGGCAGCACUAAGUACACACCCUCUGCAAACCUGCUGUAACGAUUCUCAUGAAUCGUUCCAUCUCGGGUGGCCCGGAACCUAUCCGAAGGGUCCCCGUAUCGGCUCCGACCCUGACUCGAUUCUCAUGAAUCGUAUCCAUCUCGGGUCGCCCGGAAUCUAUCUGAAGGGACCCCGUAUUGGCCCUGACUCUGCCCUGCCCCUGCUGUACCCCUAUUCCCUCAUGUAUUUAGUCGCACCUCGCCCCCGCACCAGAGACAUGAGGAACUGCAUUGAAUUCUUGGCAACAGAUCAUGGUGACGACGCAUACGACUAUGAUGACGACGCAUCCGAUCAUGGUGACGACGCAUGCGACCAUGGUGACGACGCAUAUGACUAUCGUGUUCAGAGUCCCCACGCACUCCCAUAUGCCUCUGAGUGGAUUCCCACCGCAUUCGGACCCAUUGUCUUGCCUGUGCCGUUACACCUGCAGCUCGACACCUAG